UGGAGUGCCCUGGAGUACACCUGCCGAUUGCUGGGCAUCUCCACCGCAGCAGAUUCUUCAUCCAARCAGCUUUGUGGAUAAAGCAGAAGCUGUGCAAAAGGAGGAAAUCUCCCCAUCCAGAGCAGAGGCUUGAGCUAACAGCCAAGCUGUAGAAUUCUGCAUUCAUCCACAAGGAAUGAAUGAGAGAAUGAAUGAAUGAGAAUGAAUGAACACCACUUUUGUUAGGAAGAUUAUAAAGAAUGAUCCUCAGUCACAAGAUACUAAAAGACAGUGCUUUGCAUGUAGGAUUACACAGCUCUUGCAGCUUCACAGCCCUCUGAUGAGACUGAUUUCCCUGUGCUCUGCUCAGGRCUGGAAAGGCAGUGUAGGAGGGUGGCACAUGGGCCCCAUGUGUUCCCUUGGCUGACAGGGGCCAGCAGCAGCAGGUGACACAGGGAAAACACAGAGGGCUUUCUUUCAGCUCAGAUGGGARAGCUGACCCUUGGCAUUGACCUACCCUGCAGUCUUGAUGGACACUGAUCUGAGUUCUUGUUUGGGGGCCUGGUACCCUUCUCCAGAUCGGGCAAACCACAGCUCAGAGAGAUGGAUCCAACCUGCACCUCAAACCUUGGCCAGUGUSCAUUGUGCAGGACUGGUGGGGAACUUCCUGAGCACCAGUGGAUGGGUGGAGACAUCAGGUGCAGACAGGAGACUGUCCAGGGUGACAUUCUGGCCAUUGGCAUGUACUGAGCAACUUGCUGCAGCUGGUGUGAGGCAUAACAUUUCUGCUCUGCUUUAGAAAUGGUCUUGAAGUGAACUGAAGAAUGYUGAAGGAAAUUUUCUGUCCCCUGAAGUGCUGAUUGGUGUGGGCGUAGAGACUCUGCAGCGAGGACAGUUCAAAAGCCUGGCUUUCUACCUGCUGAGUUGCAGUUACUGUCUGUGAAGGCUUCUUCUUUAUCAGUUUGUUCCUGGAGAUGUGCCUCACUCACAAGCCUGAAUCCCUGUCACAGUCCUGCUGGAAGCGAGCUAGACACCCAGGGAGCUUCCAGAAAUUUCUGGGGUACACGCUGCUGUCAGUGGCUUGCUUCCUGCAUCCUGUCCUCGUCUGGCACRUCACCAUCCCUGGGUCCAUGCUGGUGCUCACCGCCCUGGCCUACUUCCUGCUGAGCAAGAGGAGGAAGAGCCCGGGGCACAAAGAGACACAUCCUCAGGCGGGCCAGUACGUGGACCCGUCGGCCACUGUGGCAACCCCGACCAUCAUUGGUGACACAGAGCAGACCUACACCUUCCACGGGGCCCAGAGAGAGCAGCACCAGUCGCUUCUGGGCCAUAUGAAGAGCAUCCUGAAGGGCAGCAAGGACAGGGGCUCGGCCCCAGAAACUCCUGCCCAAGCAGCCACCAUGGCAGUCCCUCGCAAGCAAGUGCACUUCCAGGAGAAGGUGGUGCAGAUCAUCCCCUCUGUCAGCGAGAGCUUGGAGGAUAUGGAGAGCGAGGCUGAGGAGACCACGUCGGACACGACACCCAUCCUCACCCCGCCCGAUGCCCCUGUCAUCCUUGCUCCGCUCAGCUCCACCGGCCUCUUCUGAGCCCUCAGCAGGAAUGAGGGCAGGACGGGCCUGCUGCCCUGGGACAGAUGCUCCAGCAGCCAAACUUCUGCCUUCUGCCCUUCACUUUCAGGGUGACAACUGCACCACCCCCUCUUCAGGGGCUGCCUGCACUACCUGGUCCCACGUGUGGUGACAGGGCUGGGGGACAGGCAGUGGCUCAGCCAGGCAGGGCCAGCACAGCGAGGCUUCUGCUCCCAGGGCCUCACAGACAUGUCACCCCCUGUUCAGCACCACACUGCACUGCAGUGCUCCUGCCUGGCACCACAGCCAUGCCUGUGCCUCCCUGCUGGCACGGAGGAGGAGGGGACACUGCUGUGCCCCAGGGCAGCCUCAGCUGGGGCUCUGGUGUCCCUCUGGUGUCCCUCUGGUGUCCCUCUGGUGUCCCUCUGGUCCUCAAUGCCCGCUGAAAAGCUCAGGGCUGGGCCACAUUCAGCACAGGGUCCCUCGCAGCACCUGCACCUCUGCAGCAGCUUCAGACAUCCAGAAGAUGAUUUUGGAGGUGGGCUGAGACCGAACACACCCCUGCUAAUGUCACCUGCCUGUCACCUCCCCAGGCUCUCUCUGAGCCCAGCAGGGAAAUCACCUCUGGCCUUGGGGAUACCUCAGCUGGAGCAGGGCCUUCCAGGUGUCCCCUGCUUGGACAGCCCCCUUGAAUUAGAAGAACUUYGGGAUGAUAUGACAGCCCAGGUCUUGAGGUUCAGCACCAUGCUGGCACAGCGGACUGUGUGUAAUUCCAAUGUGUGUAAUUAUGGCCCCCAGAGGGCAAGGGCAAUAAUAAAAUUACCAUACUGACCCACCAGUUUCCUCCAUGCCAGCUCCUCCCUGAGCCCUGGUUAUUGACUCUGGCUUAAUCCUACCAUAAUUUCUGCCUUUUGAGGACCAUWCAGUUAUAAUGAAGCAUUUCUCUCCUGUUCAACUUACCCCUUUGGCUCUCUCCCACCUGAGGGCAUGUGGGAAGAGCUCAGGUUCCCUUGGACAUGGGACAAGAAGCCACACUGUCACCAUUGUUAGAAUGAAAAGCUGUAAGUGCUCUGAGCCCAGACACACAGCACUGGGGAGUUAGAGAAGGUUCCUGAGACCUGGUAGACUAUUUAUAAGGUAGAAUCCAGUUAAGCUGGCCAUUUUUCUUGAAAAUACAUWAUUUCUUCUAUUUAAGAUGUCAUCUCUCUGAGUGGUAAUCACCAUGUUCAUCCAAGARAGCAGUGUAGGUCCAAAUGUAAUCAGAAAGCAAUUAAGAAACCAGUGCUACUUUUUAAUAAACUCUUUUUAAGUGACUUCUAAUUUGUGAUAUGGAUGAGGAAGAAGAUGAAAGACUGUCUCACAGUAUUUAACUGCCUGUGUUUAAUAAUGAAGCUGUUGACAAGAGCAGCUGAUGAGGGGUUACACACACUUGUCAGUCCUACAAUGAGAUAUAGACAAAAAAAUUUUUAUUGCAUCACCAACAUCUAAAAUUAUAGCUGGCAUCAAUCUGCUCUAAACAUGAUACAGGGAUGCAKAAAUUUCUGGCUGCAGAAAUUAAUCUUCCACCCUAUCCUGGUGUGCUGGGGAGGAGUCACGUACACAUCUGCCUUUAGGGUGGAUUUGUACCUGUAAAAAUGUCUUCAGAAAAUUGCACCCUGGUUACAGCCUAAUGCUGCACCACUGAUUCAACCAGGAUCCAACCACACCUUCACCCUUAAUCUGAUGUAUUCAUCACAUUAGGAAAUUAAAAAAAAAAAAAAAAAAAAAAGCUAUUUUCCUCUAAAGUUGGUGAGAAACAUACCUGCACCUACCAAGAUGCUGACCCAGUCAUGCUAACAGGACACCCACCCUGGCCAACUCUACCCAAAUAGGCUGUGCUUGGAGCUGGCUCCCAGUUCACCCACACUUCUGYUCUGCAAUUAGAGCCACUCAUUAGCAAAGUCAGCUUUCUGAAUCAUCCAAGGCUCUUCUUUGAGCAUUGCAUAAUUAAUUGCACACAGGGAGAUAAACUUCAUUGAAAAGGCACUGCUCCUGAUACAUCAAGCAAUCUGCUGACAAGAGAAAGUCUGUAUUUCUCUAGCCCUCAGCAAAGCUCCUGGGCAGCCUGGGUGGGAACAGCUGCUCUGCCUUUCAUCCCUCAGCCCUUACUCGAUCAGCUACCCCAUGAUUUGUACCUGUGGGCAGCAGUGCCAGCUGGCAAGGGCCAAAGCAAGGUGGUGACAGCACCUUUGGCACCMUGCAGUGUGUAGGGAGCAAAUUCCGUAACUCUGUGAAGUGCUUAAAAUGAGUUUGCCRUUGUUAGUGUCUGCAGAAUUAGGUUUCAAUUUUUAGGCUCAUCUUUCAAAAGUCUAUUGUAGGUUUCCCUUCAGAAUCAAGACUGGAGGAACCUACAGGUAAAGUGUUUUUUCAGCCUUCAUGGAGCCAGCAUUGGAUCUGGUUGCUUUCCUUGCCUGCUCCCUUGUACUGGCCUGACUCUUCUCCAGCCCCCAGCUCAGGAGAUAAAGGCUGGAAAUAAAAGCUGCUUGUCUUUUCUGUGGUAUUAAAUUGGCUGUUCACUUAAGGUCCAUGGCUGACUCACCCUGGAGCCUGCCAAGAGCCUGCAUCCAUGCUGGGGAAGUGGAUGCUCCUUCAGAGGCAGAGAUGGUGCACCUCAAACCACA